UUUUGAAUUGAAAUAUCUCCAAGAUACACUUUUAAAUGAUUCGGUUAACAUCGGCAUAGAAAUACUGGAGAGCAACCUAUUUUAUAGGUUAUAAAUUAAAAUUACAUCUCAACAACACCUUAUUUUGCAAGGUUUCAAUAACAUUUUUUUGAAAAAGAAAUAAUGAUGUUAAUUCAGUUACGGCCUGCAAUUAUUACAGAGAAAGUGAAAGACUUACUGGAAGACGCUUUAAAAUUCUCAAACAAUAUCGCAUAUUGUGUGUAUGUGUUCGUAGAAUUGUAGAACUUACCUCUACUCUUUUGCUCUAACUAUGGCCUUAAAUACCAUAUAAAUGGUAAAAUCAUAGCUUCUAUUUAAAUCCUCUUAGCUGCUUCCGGGUUUUUCUGCAGUUUUCUGAUUACACCCAUAGUAAACCGGUGAUUUGUUGUCUUAGCAACGCUGAAAUUAUUUGAUAGAUAUCGCAAAAGUGAAUAUUUAGUGGCAGAAAGAUGGCAAAGAAAGGCCAGGCAGUUCAAUUGCAAAUUGAAGUUGCAAACGACGAAGAAUGGGAUAAGCUGUUACAGAAAGAUGGGCUGAUCAUUGUGGAUGUGUAUUCUGAAUGGUGCGGACCAUGUUUAGGUAUGCAGGCAAACCUGAAAAAAAUUAAAUUAGAAGUCGGUGGUGAUAUGUUACUAUUAGCAGUGGCUAAGUCGGAUGGUAUAACAAGCCUGCAAAGAUUUAGAAAUAAGAGUGAACCAACUUGGAUGUUUGUUUCGAAAGGAAAAAUGAUAAAUUUAAUGUUUGGCGCCGAUGCGCCGAAACUGACAAGGUUAAUAUUGGAUGAAUUGAAAAAGGAACAAAGCGAACAAGCGGGCCAGCCGACAGAUAGAAUGCCUUUGGAAAUAACGGAAAUGGCAGAGGAAGAAAAAGUGCGAUUUGAAGUUGCUGAAAGUAAAGAAAAGGAAAGCCAAGCAAAAGAAGACACUAAGAAGGCCAAGGAGCUUUUAGAGCGACGAACAAAAGAGUGUGCAAAUAUUGUAACAAAUCUACCAAAUUAUGGCGCUGCUUUAAUUUUUCCGUCUGCUAAAGACAAGUACAAAGAAAUUCUCGGUGAGAUUUUAGACGAAGCAGGAUUGGAUAUUUACCAAACAGAAAAGGUUCAAUUUAACGAAGAUAUCAUUAACGAAAUGUGCUACUUUACGGACAUAUCAAAGGAGUUUACCGAGGAAUCACUAGAAGAGCUGUACAACGACGAAUCUUUAAUGCUUUUGUUCAAAGAAAGUGCAAGAACCGAAAUUGAGGACAUUGAUGAUACAAUUCUCAAUAUGAUUUACGGUGCUAUAAGAAAACCUCCUGGAACCAAGGAAAGUAUUGCUCAGAAGCUAAUUACUGAAGAAGAACAAGAGCAGGAAACACAGACUGAAGAAAAAGACAAAGUUAAAAAAGAAUCAGGCAACGUUGGAAUUUGGGUUCCACCAGAUGCAUCAGUUCGAGCCACUGUUCUCAGAAUGUUUUUCCCCAAGGUUUCCGGCGAUUUUACUAUUCCGGAACCCGCCCCUGAACCCGAACAUUUAACCAUUAUAUUUCCAUUGAACAAAAAAGAUGAGGCCCUGCAAGUGAUGCAUCAAUACCCCGACGAAAUAAUGAAACAUGGAUUGUUCACUAGUGAAAAUUACGAAGACACAACGUUGGUAGCAAGAAACUUUAAGCAACUCGAUAAGCUAGUUCCUAGUGAGAGAACAUAGUAAGUUGAUGAAAAGUAUUUAUCUUUUGGUCAGCUUUCGAAGCGUCCAGCUUAACUUAGUUUCCAAUUAGAUUCUAGUAAAGUCUAUUCAUACUGUUCAAAUAACAUUUAAACAAUGGAUACAGUUAUUGCCCAAGUUUACGUUUCAAUGCUGAAUUCCUGAUAAGAUGUUAAAGAUUCCCGUUAAGGUCUCAAAUCAGCCGUGUCUGUCGAGCCAAUUGGGAAUCUUAGACACCCCGCUAAGCGGUACAACUGCUCGAAUUUCAUGACAAGCGUGAAAGCCUUGAUGCAAUUGGUGAUUGUUUUCGUUUCCAAGCAGUUCACUUAACAGAAUGCACUAUAUACCAAAUGUCUACUACAAAGAGCAUUGUUAAAUCAGUAGGGCAACAAUUGACUAUUGAGCAAAAAGCAAAACAUAACUGUGCUCGGCUACUUUUUUCACUGUUGAAAGUUUAAGUCUUUGAAGCGACCACCCAACAGAGCCGAGCACAGAGCGUGGGAAAUAUCCUGUUUCCCUCACCCGGCACUUCUGAUUUCCUCUUUAUCUCGAAAAAGUGACCAGAGAUCAUCAGUUCGUAUUCACACCUCAAGUCGAUCACAGUUUGUAUUCUCACCUGAAGUCGAACAUCAGUUUUGUAUUCGCACUUCAAGUCGGCCACAGAUUGUAUUUUCACUCGAACACAGUUUGUUGUGUCUCCUCAAGUCGAACACAGUUUGUAUUUUCACUCGAACACAGUUUGUUGAGUCUCCUCAAGUCGUAGAUAGUUUGUAAUUUCACCUCAAAUCGUACACAGUUAGUUGUUUCUCCCCAAGUCGUACAAAUCGGGAGUGUUUCGCCUCAAAGCAAUACACAUCGCAGACUCUGGCAGAGAAGUGCCUCAAAACCCAACCCGUAAUUAUUC